GGGACACGCACGCCUCAGCAUCUCUCCCUCCUCCUCAAACACACUCUCGCCAUGGACCACUUCCCGACCCACUGGGGCCGCCCUCGCAAUGAGCUCGAUGACCAGUACAACACCUUCCCGCUUCACCAACGACCAGCCAACCACACCGAUACAUUCGCGAAUGGGGUCCAGCGUACACAACAACCGAUCGUGACCGGAACGAGCGUGCUCGCCAUCCAGUACAAAGACGGCAUUAUGAUGGCUGCAGACAACCUCGCAUCCUACGGCUCCCUCGCACGCUUCAAGGACAUCACCCGUCUGCACGCCGUCGGCACCUCCACCGUCAUCGGCGCGUCCGGCGACAUGUCCGACUUCCAGCACAUCCAGCGCGUCCUCGACGACAUCGUCACGGACGAGUUCACCGCCGGCGACGGCAACUCGCUCGGGCCCGCCGAGAUCCACGAGUUCCUCGCCCGCAGGAUGUACGCGCGCCGCUCGAAGAUGAACCCCCUCUGGAACUCGCUCCUGGUUGGUGGCUUCCAGAACGGCAAGCGGUUCCUCGCGUUUGUCGACCUUCUGGGGACGACGUACUCGGCGCCUUCACUGGCGACUGGGUACGGCGCGCACAUCGCCCUGCCCCUCCUCCGCCAGUCCAUCGACCCGAACCCGGACGCAGUCACGGAGGAGGCAGCACGCGAGAUCCUCAGGAACUGCAUGCGCGUCUUGUACUACCGUGAUGCGCGAAGUUUGGACAAGUACCAAAUUGCUACAGUCACGGAAGCCGGUGUCACGAUAUCUGAUACCCAGAAGCUUGACACGACCUGGGACUUUGCGGAGAAUAUUCGUGGAUACGGCGCACAGACACAAUGAAUGCACAUACGGUGACGGUCCGUGUGCUACUUACAUAUCGGUCAUUUGUGUAUCAUCAGUAAUGACAGUCAUCGACGUCUGACAAUUGAGUCGCGAGUUGAGUCUAUCAACUCGGAUGUCGACGUCCAAUAACAUGCCAAGAUGUAAAGUAGUAGUACUACUACAGACUAAGUAAACUGCGUCUUGGUUGGUCUUCGAUGCGUGCAUACCGACCUUUU